GAGCUUGUCGCUUUUCUGUUGCGCGACUUUGCGUGGACUGGCGUGGACUUGCGUGGUGGUGUGCUCGACCCUGUGGCUGACGAAAAGGACACCGUCACCUUCCUGGCUGGCUGUAUACUUCCUUCCCCGGUGCUGACCCGAUAACAAACAUCUCCACCUCCACCUCCACCUCCACUCCACCACCCACCGGUCUGUCAUUGCAGUCAGCACAUCCCAUGGCUUCUGUCGAAACGCCCGAACCUCCGCGGAGCUUCGUCCUCCACGUGCUGUGCCCUUCGCUGCCUCCUCCCAACAAGUUCUCCCUCGAAGGCCUCUCCCCCUCCAGCACCGUCGCCGCCCUCAAGGCUCGCAUCUCGCAGACCAUCCCCAGUGAACCCUCUCCUGAGUCCCAGCGCCUGAUCUACCGGGGAAAGCCCCUGAUAAACGAUGUCGUGACGCUGCGAGACGUGCUGGAGCCGGCGAAUGAAUCCGAGUACUCCAUCCACCUCGUCCUCCCUCCAGCUCCAACUCCCCAUGCCUCCAGCUCUGCCAGUGCCCCAGCCACAACCCCGGCACCGGCACCAGCCCCGGCCCCGGCACAAGCACAAGCGCCCCGAAUCCCAGGCAUCCCCGUCUUCGCCCACAGUCCCUUUUCGCCCACUCGACUCCCACCCCAAUUCCCAGCCCAUGGCCAAGAACUCAGAUACCGAGGCCCAAUGCCCUCCGCUCCUCACGAGGCGGAGAUCGGGCUGGCUCUGCGCCGGAACAUAGAGGCCAUCCGCCGACAGAUCGAUAUGCAGGAACGGGGCGCACCAUUGGGCGGCGCAUCGGAGGGGCCAGGCACAACUAGACACACAACGGGACACCUCUCCUCUUCGUCCGAAUCCACAGUGAUCUCCCAUUUCUCCACCACCACCACCGGCACCAACAACCUCCCCGAGGAGAUCCGAAUGCACCUGCAGCUCCUCCGCCAUCAGAUCUCCUUCAACGAGGACCAACUGAACCGCGGCGUCGCGCCUCCCAUGGACCACAUCAUCCGCAUCCGCACGCAGCUGUUCACCCUCCUCGACGAGCAGUACCAGAACCCACUUACGGAACGCGACGGCUCGAUCGAGUCGCUCCUCACGCGGGUCUUCAACAUCUACACUCGCGCCGAUCAACUCCGCGUCUCCCACGCCCGAACCACCCUCGCCCCGUCCGUCCUCCCCCUCUACCUCCUCUCCUCGCCAACCGGCUACCAAGCCCUGAUCGCCACUCCCCAAGGCGCAGCAACCAUGCAGCCAUCCCUCGACGCCAUCCGUGCCAUGCACGCCUCCGCAGCCGUGCCCCGUCCCGCCGCCACUGCCACCACCACCGCCGGUCCAGAACUCCACAACGCCAACGCCGUAGUCAUGGAGAACAUGGUGCGCCAGGCGGUUCUCAACCAGCGCGUCGAGAACAACGGCCAGUUCACCUUCGCGCGCACCAUCCGCCGCAUCUGGCUGUUCGUCCGGCUGUACUUCUUCUGCUACAUGUUCAGCGAGCCCGGCACGUGGACCCGCGUGCUGUUCGUGGCCCUGGCCGUGCUGACCUCGCUUCUGUCCGAGACCGGCGUCCCGCAGCAGCUGUACCGCGUGUUCGUGGCCCCCGUGCAGCAGCAUCUAGAGGGUCUGGUCCAUUUCGCCCCCGAGCCUGCGCCAGCACCCCAUGGCACCCAGCCGACAGACCGAGCGAACGCACCACCCCUCGGGUUGCUCUCUGGGGUCCGACACCAGAUCAGACGGGUCGAGCGCUCGUUGGCCCUCUUCCUGGCUAGCUUGGUCCCUGGCGUGGGCGAGCGGCACGUCGAGGUCCGCAAUGCCGCUGAGGCGGCCCGUAUCGCCGAGCGCGAGCAGGAGGAACGUCGUCAGGAAGAGGCGGCCCGGGAUGGGGAGGGAGCUGAAGCUGUGCAGGCGCAGGAAAACGGAAAUGCAAAUGCAAAUGGAGAGAGACCGGUCGAAAAUGCAGCGCAUACACCCACCGGUGAGAAUUAGCUGCGUUGGCGUUUUCAAGUACAGUACAUAGCUUGGUGUUGGCCGCGCGUUGGCGUGAUGAUGUAUGAUAGUGCAGUUGCAUUAAGCGUAUCUCAAUACGUGUCUCUAGGAGAA